GUUAUGAAUUGCGCCUCUCUUUUCCUUUUCCUGGAAAAUUAAAUUCCUUAUGCCGAUAAAUGAAUUAAUACCUGUAAAAAAAUUACCGGAACAAAUCAUGAAAGCAGAUGCUUUGGAGUUUUCCAACGUCUUGCCUUUUUAAAUGCUACCUAACGCCGAAUAUUUCUUUUCUCUUCCUCCCGCACCACCGCUCCUCCUCCGUCUUCCGCCGCACUUUCUCUCUCUAUAAGCUCCCGCUGGAGGAAGUAUCCGGCAGGCUACUCUCUGUGUCUGUCUAGAACUGGAUUGACUGACGCAAGUUAAUUAGAUCUAAAUCAUCGGAGGAGUCAGUUAUCUCUCAAUCUCCAUUUUUGUAUAUAUUGUGGUUAUUGCGGGGUUUAUCUAUCACUAUCAGUGGAACUGCAUUGCAUUGUGAGCGGUUAUAAUGGAUCGGAGGAGUUGGCCAUGGAAGAAGAAAUCAUCUGAUAAGGCUGUAGUUGAGAAAAUUCUAACUCCAGCAGUUGAGUCACCUACCACAACUACAUUAUCAAAUGCCUCUCAGGGAAAUGAGACAAAGCAGGAAAACUACAAGAAACCAAAAUAUGUGCAAAUUUCUGUGGAGUCGUAUUCACAUCUCACGGGACUUGAGGAUCAAGUGAAAUCCUAUGAAGAACAUGUUAAGAUGUUUGAGGAGGAGGUUAAGGAAUUAAAUGAAAAAUUGUCUGCGGCAGAAGAUGAAAUGACUAACAAGGACAAUCUUGUGAAACAACAUGCUAAAGUUGCUGAAGAAGCUGUCUCAGGUUGGGAAAAAGCUGAGUCAGAAGCUGCAGCACUUAAAAACCACCUGGAAUCUGUCACCCUAUCAAAGCUCAGUGCUGAAGACCGUGCAUUACACUUGGAUGGUGCUCUUAAGGAGUGUAUGCGGCAGAUACGGAAUCUAAAGGAAGAGCAUGAACAAAAACUGCACGAGGUGAUUCUUAACAGAACUAAACAGUUUGAUAAGAUGAGACUUGAACUUGAAGCAAAGAUAUCUAACUUGGAGCAAGAGUUACUUAGAUCCGCAGCAGAAAACUCUGCUCUAUCAAGAUCUCUUCAAGAACGCUCUAACAUGCUGGUUAAGCUCAGUGAAGAAAAAUCACGAGCUGAAGCAGAGAUAGAACAUCAAAGGAGCGAUAUUGAAUCUUGUGAGAAGGAGAUAAAUUCGCUAAAAUAUGAACUCCAUGUCAUCGCCAAAGAGUUGGAAAUUAGAAAUGAGGAGAAAAACAUGUGUGCACGGUCUGCAGAAGUUGCAAAUAAGCAACAUCUGGAAGGAGUAAAGAAGAUAGCUAAGCUUGAAGGAGAGUGCCAAAGAUUACGCGGCCUUGUACGGAAGAGGUUGCCGGGUCCUGCAGCACUUGCUCAAAUGAAGCUUGAGGUUGAGAGCUUGGGACGUGAUUAUGAAGAAACCAGGCUGAGGAAGUCCCCAGGAAAGCCUCCCAACAGCCCACACUAUCCUGCCACGCCUGAUUAUUCUUUUGACCACAUCCAGAAGUUCCAAAAAGAGAAUGAACAUCUAACGGAGAGACUGCUGGGAAUGGAGGAGGAAACAAAGUUGCUGAAAGAAGCUUUGGCAAAACGUAAUAGUGAACUACAAGCUUCUAGAAGCUCUUGUGCAAAGACUGUCAGCAAACUUCAAAGUCUAGAGGCACUUCUGCAAGCAAAUGGUGAUGAUCAUAGAAGUCCUUCAAAGAAUAACCUUCCGAGCUUGACCUCCAUGUCUGAAGAUGGCAAUGAUGAUACAAUGAGUUGUUCUGGAUCUUGGGCUACAUCAGUUAUGCCUGAUCUCUCUCAUGCCAAGAAGGAUAAUUAUAAUAACCUCGAAAGUCCAUGUAGGUCUGAUAGUGCAAGCCAUUUGGAGCUUAUGGAUGACUUCUUGGAGAUGGAGAAAUUAGCUUAUCUCUCAAACGACACGAAUGGAGGAGUUUCAAGCUCAGAAAACCAGUCAUCUUGUAACAAGGAGGAGGUAUCAAAACCUGAUUUCCAACCAGUUUCUGAGGAAGCUACACCGUUCACAACACUUCAGUCAAAAAUUUCAAAGGUGUUUGAGUUAGUGACUAAGGAAGCUGACAUGGAAAAGAUCUUGGACGAUAUUAGACUUGUUUUGGAAGAAACAUCGGAAACAUUGAAUCCUCAUGCAUCAAAAGAUGAAGUCGAGGUUCAUGAUGUAGCUUCAGAAAACAGUGUUUCAAUAUCUCAGGAAUUGGCGGAUGCUAUAAAUCAUAUUCAUGUGUUUUUAAUGUUCAUAAGCAAGGAAACAAAGAAUUUGCAGGCCACCUCUACCUCUGGGAAUGGACUCUCUGAAAAGCUGGAUGAGUUCUGUGUAAUGUAUUCGGAGGUUGUAAACAGAAAUGUAAGCCUUGUGAAAUUUGUUUUUGACCUGUCAGCUCUGUUGAGUAAAGUGAGCGAACUACACUUCAACAUUUUGGGUUAUAAAAAUUCAGAAAUGGAGAUUAGUUCUGCCGAUUGCAUAGACAAGGUUGCUUUACCGGAGAACAAAGUUCAACAGAACAUGGAAGAUGGAUAUUCAGAUUCUGCCUCUGAUCGUGAAAUUUCUCACGAUAGUAGUUUAGUUCCUACAUCUGAGUCAUGGAAAUGCUCGUCUGAGGAGUUCGAACAACUGAAAUCAGAGAAGGAAAAUCUGGUGGUCGAUCUUGUUAGAAGAACUGAGAAUCUAGAAAGCACAAAAGCACAGUUGGCUGAGACAGAGAUGUUGGCAGCAGAGAUUAAGUCACAGUUAGUAUCUGCUCAGAGAUCGAAUGGUUUGGCAGAGACACAGCUUAAAUGUAUGGCAGAGUCAUAUAAGUCGCUGGAAACACGUGCGGAGAAGUUACAAACAGAAGUUAAUGCUCUCCAGGCGAAAAUUGAUACUCUGGAGGUUGAACUUGAAGAAGAAAAGAAGGGUCAUCACGAUGCUCUAGCUAAAUGCAAGGAUUUUCAAGAGCAACUGGAAAGGAUUGAAAGCUUAAAAGCUGAGAUUGAUGCGAAGACAACACAAGAGAAGGACUUGGCAGCAGCAGCAGAAAAACUAGCGGAAUGCCAAGAAACAAUAUUUCUUCUGGGAAAGCAGUUAAAGGGAUUGCGUCCUGCUCAGGCCCUUCUGGAACCGGCGGAGUUCAUAGGUUCCCCCCAGCCUCAGAAAGGGGACAGUAGGGUAAGUGAAGAAGAAGAAGAACCAACUAUAAGCGGUGGGGGGUCAGGCUUGCAUCACACUGACCCGACGACUACUAAGAUGGACACGGCUUCCAGUCAGAAGUUGAGUGCUCACGAGUCAUCCCACGUGGAGCUAUACGAUGCCCCGUAUAGUCCGUCGGACUCAGAGUCAAGUCACCCGUUAAGAUCCCCCCUCAACUCAAAACAUCGGUCCACUAAAUCCACCUUACCUUAUCCCCCUCAUGCACAAACUCCAGAAAAGAACUCACGUGGCUUCAGCAGAUUCUUCUCCACUAAAGGAAAAUAUUAGGACUUUGGCAUCUGUCCUAACACCAGCUCAUCAUCAUCACAGUAAUAAAACGUGAACAGACAUACAAUCGGAUAACCUGAAGAGUUAUAUAUAUAUAAUUAAGGAUAGUCCCCUUAAUGUAGAGCAACUUGGCCUCAGAUUCUGGGAAUUGAAGACAAAAUAGACAGUGGCGCCAUGGGUGGUGGCCUUUUGUUUGAAGUGCAGGUCAGCAGGGAUGAUGGUGAACAUUUAUUUUCUUGGAUAUGAACUGGUCGUGAGACUUGUCUAAUUUUAGUACGAGUAAGUCCUUUAUGUUGUGCUUUUUCGUCAUCAAGAGUAUGUGCGUGCGCUUUGGUUUAACUGUUCGGGUGUAUAUGAUUUUUUUUUGUGUUUUUACCCUGAUGGCAAGUUCCAUACCGCUGUUAGAUGUUAGGUCCAAACAGUUAUCCAGACACUCCUGAUAAAGAUUAAAGACUUCUCUAUAUAUGAAAAUAAGUUAUUUCUUUACUCCG